GCUACAAAGUCUCUCUCUCUAUCUCUCUAUCUCUCUCUUUCUCUGGAAAAGCACUCCGCUCCUGCAAAAUCCCACGCUUUUUUAUUUCCCAAAUUUUCACUUCACUCGCACACAUUUCGGACCCCAAAAGAGAAAGAAAGAAAGAAAGAAGCAGACCCCAAAAAAAAAAAAAAAAAAAGCAUUUAGAUUUCCGGCAAAAGCAAUAUAUAUUCGCUGAGCACACACACGCACAGAAGAUCAGAUAUUGAUUCUUUCUGAUAACACUAACAAUGGUCGACGUUGACCGGAGAAUGACCGGUCUGAACCCGGCUCAUGUCGCCGGUCUCCGCCGACUAUCGGCUCGAGCCGCGGCUGCCCCUUCUACAGCUGUCACUACCACCGCAUCGCUCCCAGUUCGCAACGGUCUCUUCUCAUUUUCUUCUUUGGCCGAGAAGGUCAUAUCCCAUCUUCGGAACUCUGGUAUUCAGGUCCAACCGGGUCUCUCUGACGCCGAGUUCGCUCGUGCUGAAGCCGAGUUUGGUUUCGCAUUCCCUCCUGACCUUAGAGCUGUUCUCUCCGCCGGUCUGCCUGUUGGUCCUGGCUUCCCCGACUGGCGUUCGGCGGGUGCUCGGCUCCAUCUCCGGGCGUCGCUUGACCUUCCUAUCGCAGCGAUUUCGUUCCAGAUAGCUCGGAACACCCUCUGGUCUAAAUCAUGGGGUCCGAGACCGUCGGACCCGGAAAGAGCUUUACGGGUCGCUCGUAACGCUCUGAAGAGAGCGCCGCUUUUGAUACCUAUUUUCAACCAUUGUUACAUUCCUUGCAAUCCUUCUUUGGCUGGAAACCCUAUCUUCUUCGUCGACGAGAAUAGGAUCUUCUGUUGUGGUUUGGAUCUAUCUGAUUUCUUCGAUCGCGAGUCUUUGUUCCGGAGCUCCGAGUCCGAUCCUCAGCUCCUCAAGAAGCAAAGAUCCGUAAGUGAGAAAUCGGCCGGUUCGUCUUCGAAUUUCUCGCGUAGGAGCCUGGACAGUGGGUUUGGUUCCGGAGCCAGAACGCCGAGAUGGGUGGAAUUCUGGAGCGACGCCGCCGUGGAUCGGCGCCGGAGGAACUCUUCGUCGUCGUCUUCGUCGUCGCCUGAGAGGUUCUUUGAUAUGCCGAGGUCCGAAAUACCGAACUGGGUGGAGGAGUACAUUGGGCAAAUAGGAUCCGUAUUGAGACAAGGCGGGUGGAACGAAUCGGAUAUAUCCGAAAUCGUGCACGUAUCGGCCUCCGGAUUCUUCGAAGGUGAGAUGGUUUUGUUAGACAAUCAAGCAGUCCUCGAUGCUCUGCUUCUGAAAGCUGAUCGGUUUUCGGACUCGCUUCGUAAAGCCGGGUGGAGCUCCGAAGAGGUAUCCGACGCUUUGGGUUUUGAUUUUCGACCGGAGAAGGAGAAGAAACCGGCUAAGAAACUGUCCCCGGAACUCGUGGAACGGAUCGGGAAACUGGCUGAAUCGGUAUCUCGGUCAUAAUACCGGUUUCGAUAUUCUUUAUCUUUUCUUUUUUUAAUUUUUUUCCCUUUUUCUUUUGAAAUUAAAAAUCCUCGGGUUUUGCAUUUUCCUCCUUGGGUAAAAAAAAAAAAUUGAAUAUAUGGGGGAACGCGUUGUACUAUGAAACAAAGUGUAUUUUGAGGGGGGGAAAAAAAAAAAAAAGCUAAAAGAAAAUAUCAAAGACUUCAAAAUUUACAACCAAUAUAAUAUAAAUAACUAUAUGAAAAAAAAUAUAUAUAUAUAUAUAUUUGUAUUUCUGUCUA